CACCGGGGCCUGCCCUUGGCCGAAACUAGAGUGAGUGUGCCGAAAGUUUUCCUCAACUACUUUAAAGAAUAACAUAAGCCUUUUCCAGACUGUUUACUAGUGUCCAGCUGCCCGGAAAGGUCCAUCUCGUUUCCUGCCCUCCUUCCAGCUCAGCCCUGGUUUUCCUCCACCAGCGAUCUGCUAGGCUACAUUAUUUUACUACAACCCUGGAAAAUCAAACUGUGAUCUAUAAACCUCAUUUAUGGAAAGGGCCGGAAGCUGUGGAGGCAGAUUACACACAAACUAGCUACGUGCACUUGGUUUGAUUGUAAGGCCUUCUUGUAGGGCGGUCUGCGUACCGCCCUCCAUGUUUACAAGGAGCUCAGGAACCCAGGCUUUCGGCAGGGAGCUAACUCAGUUUCAUUUUGAGCGUAUGGCGGGCCCUUAUCGUUUCGUCACCGGGUUUUGAAGGAAACUUAAAAUGUUUUUGUCAGAGAUUUAACCUCCAGGAACUCCUCAAACACUAUAUUUCCUGCACCGCGGCUUGGGUCUGCAAACUCUGGUUUCUAGCCCUCGCGGAGAGCAGUACGCCAAGGCGCGCUAAGCCUCGCUGCACCUGCGGAGAAGGGGGAACGUCUCCAGCGCUCGGAAUGCUGGCACCGCGCUUCCCGCGCUCCGCCUGCUCGCCAGCUAAGAACCCGCGGCAAGCCACCGAAUCCCUCCCGUCUGGGCCCUCCCCCCAGCCGUGCGUGCGAAAGCGGGCUAGCACCUUAACGCUUGCGCGAGCCGCCUGGCGAAGGGCAGGGGAUUUGUCGGGUCUCGAAUCCCAAGGCGAGGCCCGGACGCGCGCGCACGUCGCGAGCAGGGCGGUGGCGCUCCUGUCGCUAAAGGGAAGGGGGAUGGAAACUCAGGACGUUCUCGAGCGCUCGCACCAGCCGCCUUCCCGGGGAUCUCCCGCCGAGUGGCGAAGGAGUGGGUGUCCACGCUGUGCGCGACGCCUGUGCCGCGACCCGAGCCCACGCGCUGGGCGCACAGCUGGGCGAGGCCUCCUCCACGGAGCUUGGCGGGCGGCGCGGAGCCCCUGGGAGCUGGUUUUCCCGGGCGGACACGUGACGGGGUUGGCAGUGCUCGGGCCCAGGCUAGGAGGGGGAAGCGGCGAGCAGGAGGCCGGGGGCGGGCGGCUGGCGUGCUGUGUACUUAGGUCGUGUGCUAGGGCUUUUCUCGGGGGGGGGGGGGUGAGAGGGAGGAGGAGGAGGGGCCACCGCUCCGCCUUCUCUUUUUCGCAAUGUUGACGCAAUCUAUAAAUAGUGGAACAAAAGGACCAACUUCCUCGGAGCUUUGCUGAAACUGCACAAAAAAAUCGAGCUGGGGGGUUCCCUGGUCCCCAGCGAUGGGGCGGGGAGCCCGGCGCCGGGGGAGGGAGCGGGCGCGGCGGCGGAGCGGGCCCUGCCGAGCGGCGACACCUGGCUGAGGCACAGCUUACCGCCGCGUCGCUCCGCGCGAGCCCAGGGUUCCGUUUCCCUGCGCGGGCUCGAGAGCUCGCCCCGACCGGGGGUCUUCCUCCUGCGCCGCUGACAGGUUUUUCGUUCUGCCUAAGCAGGACCAUCCUUCAUUUACCUCGAACGGUGGACCCGCCGACAGCGUCUCCCGUGGACUUUGAG